AUGCCUCAGUUCCCUCUGUCUGCGAGCAGACAUGCAGAUUUUCAGAUUCGCAACCCAGUUUUUUUUUGGCCCCCAAAUAUAACCGCUCUGGAGCGUAUUGCAUUGAGUUCCCCAGGUGAUCUUCGACAGAGCCUUAGUGAAUACCUCGAUGAUUCCGUUCAAAUCCACGUCGUGUGGGACACACCCCGUCAAAUAGGAGGACGCACAAUCCACACCCGAGUCAUGAAUCUUUCCCACCAACAUAGGAUUAUAUGCACUUCUCUCGCUACCAUACGCAUCGCCCCGGACUCGACCUACGUCAUAAGCACUGGCCCCAAGUCCGCAGCACCACCCCUUCCUUUCGAUGCGAACCCGAAAUUCACACUCCUGGCCGCUGGGAUCGAGAAGCGUCUUGCUGGUGGGAAAAUCCAAGAUGCCUUAUGGAGGCGAUACUCGUUGACUGCUCCAGGUGUGGAUUGUGAAGUCGAGGAAUCGUUCGCGGAUCGGUCUAUUUUCGCUAACCCUGCGGCUGCGCAGUACUGGGUGAACAAGCACAUGCCAGAUGUAAUAUCCAAAUUACAUCCUAGUCCAAUACCCAGUCCACAGGUGAAGCCCCUUGCGGUAUAA